GAUGCUUUCGCUCGCUGUGCGUCGGUCUUUCUCUGCUGAAGGGGGUUUAUUGUUCCUCCGAGUCAAAAGGCGAAAUAGAUUAGCCAGACAUCCCCGGAUUACAUUCAAGACUACACUUUGCUAAAAUGGCAGGAGGCAAGGCAGGUAAAGACAGUGGCAAGGCCAAGGCAAAAGCAGUGUCUCGUUCCCAAAGGGCUGGGCUUCAGUUCCCAGUGGGGCGCAUCCACAGGCACCUGAAGACCCGCACUACAAGCCAUGGCCGUGUUGGAGCAACAGCAGCCGUGUACAGUGCAGCCAUCCUUGAAUAUCUCACAGCUGAAGUUUUGGAGUUGGCAGGAAAUGCCUCAAAAGAUCUAAAGGUGAAGCGUAUCACUCCUCGCCAUUUACAGCUGGCUAUUCGUGGAGAUGAGGAGUUGGACUCCCUCAUCAAGGCAACCAUUGCCGGUGGUGGUGUGAUUCCUCACAUCCACAAGUCUCUGAUUGGUAAGAAGGGCCAGCAGAAGACUGUGUAGUUCCCAUUGGGGUUGCAAUGGUGACAUGGACUCAAGGACUUGCAUUUGGAAUAUGUGACCAGAUCGGCUUGUGUUAAUCCAUUCAUCCAUUCUCUCUUUUUCUUUUCUUUUUUUUUAUUGUAUUUUUUUUUUUAAAGUUAAUAUUAAUGUUAUACUAGCUAACCACAGGUUAUCUGGUAGUUUUGUGUUAAUGUUAUAUCGCCAAAACUAGAAUGGCAAAUGAGAGCGAUUUUCCCCCACCUCCAUCCAUCCAAAUGUCAGGUAUUUUAGAGAGAGACCAACAGGAAUUGUAUGAUCUGUCCUGCUCUGGAAGUGAAAUUGUUUGUUGUAUUGGCCAGAGCUGUGGAGCUGUUUUAUACUAAGAAAUGGAAAUGAUAAAAACAUUUUAUACAAAAAAAAACAUUUGUUAUUUACAUUUGUCUCCAUUGGUUUCCUGUCUUUUGACAUACUUUUUGUGCAGCACUUAAAACUUUUUAAUAUUGGUGGGCAAAUCAUGAUUAUAUUUUAAUGUGCUGAAAUUAGCUCUUCAUUGCUCGCUCUGCAAACCAAAGAAUUUUAAUCAGGAUUAUUAAUACAGAAUCCUUUUGUGUGCAU